AUGGCAUGCAAAGGUGAUAGCAGCAGCAUUCGUGAUCUCUUUGUCCGGAUACACUCUAAGGGUUUGGAGGAAGUCCAAGUCAUUGCAAGGGGCUUGUACACCACGCGGAUCCUCGUUUCAGAACCGAAUGUAGAUGAAGUCAUGCCAUGGACUGAGGCAUAUGAUGCAGACCUGCGAGUUGUGCUUGAGGACUGUUGGCUGAGCAACAGUUCAGCUCCAGGGCGUCCCGGUGCCCCUCGUGAAUCUCUGGUGAGGAAGUCGUGUCCUCUUCGCCCCUCAGUGGGUUUGGAGCCGAUGUUGUUCCACAGUCAGACAUCCAGCUUCAGCUUCAGGAAAUUCCUCUUUCAUAAUUGUUUUCUGUUUCAACAGGUUCUUGCAGAGUACACCUACUUAGGCUACUUUUAUCUUCACUGUCAGCUUGGAGUAUGUUCAGCUGAUUCUCUCCCUCGUCCAGCUGUUAAUCGGUGUAUAGACCCAGGACAUUACUGUGGUCAGUCAACAUUGAUGAGAGCAUUUGAUAGUCAGUCUUCAUCAUCUUCACUACAGACACUGACCCUGGGACCAUUCUCCAUGGAUUCAAGCACCAAAUCUGCUUGGUCAGGAGGCAAUAUGCAGAUGAGUGGAAGUAAGAGUGUUACGAGUGCUAAUGAUGGCAGCACUGGGGGCUCAGCAGCCACCACCACCACUGAUGAUAAGACCCAGAUAAUUGUACUUGGUGGACUUUCCACUGAGGUGGUUGUGGGUAUUGCACUUGCUUCCUUUGUGAUUGGAGUUUGUCUGACAGCUACACUCUGGGUUAUUCACAUGAAGACAGAUCCACGUAGGCAGAAGCGUCCAGAGGGUGGUGCUCCCCGAAACUCUGGUUAUGAUUUGUCUGCUCAUUCUGGCUCUUCAACCCCAUCAUCUCAGGCUCCCAUGACAGCCUGACGGUCCCAUGGGCUGCCUCCAUUGUGGUCACGGCAUGGAAAACUACAACAUGCACCACCUCCUACCACCAGUUGUGUGUAAAGAUAGGCAUUUCUUUCGUGUGUAGGUGAUGACACAUUUGCAGAUGUUUAUUUGACAAUGGUAAAAUUUACCUAAAAAAGAAAUUUAAAUUUAAAAUGAUUUGACAUCAUUAUUAAGAAUACGGAAAACACACUACUUGGCUGUCAUCACAAACUAGUUGUUACUACUACUACUACUAUUUGUGGGCCACCAUCGCAUGUCUGUGACCUCAACAUUUGUGGCAGCCACAUUAUGCAUCGUCUCUGUCGGCUUCUUUUUAUUUACUUUGGACUCCAGUAAUGCCUGUUCAUAACUCAGUGCUCUAUAUUCACACAUGCCAAGGUAUCUCUCUUAUAAAGUGUACUCAAUAUAGAAAUGUCCUGAGUGUUUGUAAGAUGGAAUAUUGGAUUUUCUUCAAUUAUUCAAUUGCCAGUAGAAGAUUGGGAGCCAGGACAUUUUCUUUGAGUAAUAUAUUGGUGUCGGAGAUACAACUAAGACAAUUGUGAGAGCACUUGCUUAGGUUUCCAUGAAAGUACUUUACUGGCAAUGGUAGUUUAUCUACAGUGUAAAGUUUAGUGGCAGUUCUAGUUGUCGCAUAAUUGUAUUGGUAAUCCUCGUUAGACUAUAUUUUGCAACUAAACAGUUGAAUAUGUAGGUAAUAUUAUUUUUUUAGUUCAAGGUUAACUGGUACUUGUAAAGAAUUUAUAUUAGUAAGAUUCAAUUUGAAUCUUAUAUCUAAUUUUACAGUAUGAUCUGAUUGCCUCACAUACCUAGAAAUACAGUGGGCCUGAUGCUACCUGUAGUGUGAGUUUAAUUAUAAUUUAGUUUUUCUGAAUCUUAAGAAAUAUUGACAUGACAUGUUUAGCUCAGUCCCUUGAAUCAAUCAUGUAACCGGGAAUAAUCAGGAUUAUAUUUAUUAAGUGUAUGAGUUAAGGGGGUUUAACUGCUCUGCCUUGUUCCUAUGUAUGCCAAACUAGCAGGUAGAUGUGUUGCAUUGUAUCACCCAGUACCUUGCACCAUAGUCAUGAGUUGCACCACAUGAUACGGGUAAAUGUUUUUAAGCCGUUAGUUUGACGAAGAUUCCCUAGAGCAACCUGCAGACUUCCUUUAAUCCCCAAUUUACAUUUCUGACCAGAUCCAUUACUGCGAGCUUAAGAUGGCAUUGCAGAACUUCAUAUUCCUGAAGCAGUGAAAGUCCAGAUAAAUGCUGUCAAAUACUCAAUGUUGAAAAUCCUGUGCCAGUUAUUUGUCAGUUUACAAAUCUGUGAACUAACCAAGAAAGUAUAUACAACAGUAUUGUGCUCAGCAGCAAUCUGAACUAGCCAGGAAAGUCUAUACAACAGUAUUGUGCUCAGCAGCAGUCCACAAGUGCACUUUACUGAUACUGCAAAUCCUUCAGACAUUCUUUCCAGGGUCUUGAUGCUCAUUGUUUUAAAUUUCUUACAUAUUAAUUACUUAAAACCAUCUGAGGAGAUUAGCAAUUUUUUACUAUAUUAUUACUCAUACCUGUAAGAGACCACUCUAAUGCUCUGUUGAAGGCAGUUAUUAAAAUGGGGCAGUUUCCUAUACACUACUGUAUGUGUGUGUAUAUACAGCAGUCAUCAAACUGCUUCUAUUUGUGUGUGUGUGCAUGAGUGUGCAACAGUUAUCAGGUUCAUGCUGUGUGCCCAUUUAUGUUUGUGUAUUUACAACAGUUGCCAGGUUGAUGCUGUGUGUGUGUGUGUGUGUGUGUACUCACCUAGUUGUAUUCACCUAGUUGAGGUUGAAGGGGUCGAGUCCUAGCUCCUGGCACUGCCUCUUCACGUGUGUGUG